AUGGCUGAUCUUCCCGAGCUUCCUGCUCCCCACUCGGGGCUGGCCAGAUACAUCUCCGAGAACCCGGACAAGUCAAUGAUCGAGAUCUUGGAGCCGUACCGCAAGUAUGAGGCCAACCUGCGAUCCGUCUAUGCUCAGGAUCGCCAGAACCCCAUCCUUGAGGAUCCUCAUCUCAACGUCCUGCCGCUCUUCACCGAUGACACCAAAGUCAUCACAACUCGAGCCAGGAACCUCGAGACUGAGACCGAAGAGGAGAAGUCCAAGUACAUCAUGGCUCUCCCAGAUGACAAGCGCCGCCCUCAUGGUUCCCCUGCAACCGUUGCCAAUCUGACCGAGUUCCAAAAGAACUUCAACGUCUUCUCUGAAUCAUCCCUGGUCGACUUGGACUGGAGUAAUGUUGUGGCUGCUGGCUCUUCGGUCGUCAACUGUCUUCUCCCUGUUCCCAAGGAAUUCAACACCACCAAGCGCAAGCUCCGCGAGUAUUACCAUGAGAAGUUCUGUCCUGCUUCGGAUGUCGAUCUCUUCCUCUACGGGCUCACCCACGACCAAGCCAUCGAGAAGAUCAAGACGAUCGAGCAAGCCAUUCGAGAUGCCCUUCUCAACGAGGUUACUGUGGUGAGGACCAAGUAUGCCAUCACCAUUGCCAGUCAAUACCCCGUGCGACACGUUCAGAUUGUCCUGCGAGUCUACAAGUCCGUCAGUGAAAUCCUGACGGGUUUCGACAUUGACGCCGCUGGCGGCGCCUAUGAUGGCAACCAGGUCUAUGUAACUCCCAGAGCACUGGGCAGCUUCAUCACCCAGGUCAACCAUGUUGACCUUACCCGUCGAAGUCCUUCCUACGAGAAUCGCCUCUCCAAGUAUUCUCACCGAAACUUUGAGGUCUACUGGCCCGAUCUUGAUCGAUCUCGCGUUGAUCCGACCAUCUUCGAGAGAAGCUUCCAAAGGACGCUGGGCUUGGCCCGUCUGCUUGUCCUUGAGAGACUACCAACAACAUCCGCCCGAGAAACAUAUCUCAACAAGAGACGCGAGGAGCGUGGUCGACCUCAGGUGUACAAGGGUCGAAAUGUUCUCUUUGGAAAUAUCAAAGACCACCACGAGGAUGAGAUUGCUGAUUGGCUCUCCGAGGAGGAUGUUUCCAACUACCAUACCUUCACCGUUCCUUAUGGCCAACAUUUCAACGCAAAGCGCAUUGAGAAGCUCUGCUACACGCGUGAUCUCCUCCUCAAUGCGGAGUGGAAUCAGCCCGAUGACAGAGAGGUCUACCUGCAUCGUCACCCGGCAUUCUUUGGCCGCGUCCAGGAUGUGGUCGAAGAUUGCUGUGGCUUUUGCCCCAAACCAGUCACUGCCGAGGAAAAAGAAGUUGCGGAGAAGGAGGCUGAGAUUUACAUCAAAGGCGAGGUCACUUUCCUCAUUGAUGACCCUGGCCGACAGCAGAUCGGUUCUUUCAACCCCCUGACAGAGCAGGAUUGGACUGAUAUGGCUUAUGUUGGAAACACGGCCAGACUUUGUCAGUCCAUCGUUGAUGGAGAUGUCGAUGAUGUCUUGAACUGGCUCAGCCAAGAGGACUCCGACCCCAACAAGCGAGACUACACCGGUCGAUCGCCGCUCCAUCUCGCCGUCAUGACUUCGACCCCAGAGGUUGUCAAAUGUCUCGUUGAUCACGGCUCUCGUAUUACGGCACGCUUGGCCGAUGGAAAGACUGCUCUGCACCUGGCUGCUUCCCGAGGAAACCUGGAAAUGAUCAAGAUCUUGAUGGAGAAGAGCAUCGAGAACGAAGAGGCUGAGGAGGAGCGCCAGGACAGAAAGCGCCAGGCAGCCAAGAGAGGCGACUCUGAUGGCAAAGACGAGGCGUCAAAGGAGACCCACGAGGCCGAAGCUUCCGACAAAUCGGAUGAAGAGUCUGAUGGUGAGCUUAUUGACGCAGAGACAACCGACGCAGACACAGUAUCUAUGGUGACUGGAUCCUUCGUCAACGUCGAAAAGGAGAAGGAAACCGACGACGAUCUGGUUCCCGACGAGCAGGAGGAUGAGCCUGACUACUAUCAGAUUGAUGUCUUGGCUUGGGAUGUCCCAUGCUCACCCCUUCAUCUUGCCAUUUCAGAAGGUCAUGAGGAUGCUGUCAAGCUCCUCUGCGAUUAUGGUGCCGAUUCUAUUCUACCAGUCAAGUUCAUCAACAAGAACAACGACUCUGAUACGGGCGCCAUCUUGACCCUGGCCCUGGCGUUGUCGCUGCCCACUGGCAAAGCCAAGUCGAUGGCUGAGCUCCUUUUGAAACUUGGGGCCGUCUCCUCCCAGGCCGACUCGAACGGAUGCACUGCCUUCCACAGGUACAUCGAGUCUGGGCAAAGGGACCUCAUUUAUACACUGCUCGACACGGAUAAAACGGGCGUCAAGACAGCCAUCAACCACUUGGUUUUUGCUAGCAGUUACUGGAACCCCGAGGCAAUUGCCCCGAUCCACAGCGCUAUUGAGACCGGCGACACCAUCUUGGUGUUGAAACUUCUGAACAACGGCGCCCUGGCCCAGAUCGACUUUGAGACUUGGUUGAAGGCGGCCAAGGUUUCGCCAUCGCACUCUGGCAGACUGGGGAAACUGGAAGAAAACCAGAGGAAAUUCAAGGAGUCAACGGAGCAACCCUUGCUCGCAGCCAUCCGUUCUGGCAACGCUGAGGUGGCAAUCAAGCUCCUGGAGAAUGGCGCCAAUCCCAACGCAUUGCCUGGAAGCACCGAAAGUCUCAUCUUUGACGAGUACAGACGCACCUGGAACAAGGGACGUUCAGCUCUUGACCUGGUCCGUUCAUCUCUGAAAGGCCUCCGAAAGUACACCAGCAAGAAACGCCGAGUGGUAAAGCCUACGGAGCCGGCCGGCACGGCUGAGUUUCUGGAAAAGUUCAAGCCAGGUACCUACUCCUACUGGAUGGUCUCUGAACAGAUCAAAAACGCAAAGUGGACGUUCAAGGUUGCAAAGAAGAGUUACGAAAAGGACAUCAAGCGGCAGAAGCGUGAAGAGCUCAAGGGAGAAGCCGAGAAGCAGCGGGCUAUCAACGAAGUUAUUGCCAGCUUUGAGGCAAUCGAGAAAGCUCUCCUCAGCCGAGGUGCAAAGACCUUUGAUGAGCUCCACCCCGAUAUCAAGACUGAAUCGGACACCAGCCGUCAUGCAUCUCGCGAAGAAGAAGCAGAAGACAAACCUGCGAAGCCUUAUGAGUUUCACUUUUCGUUCCAACAUGACAGCGAGAUGACAGUGACAAGAAGGGAUGGCUAUAUUGAGCUGUUGGAGGCUGCGUGGUCAGGAGACGUCGAACGGAUCAAGUCUCUUACUCUCCAAGCUUGGGGCCCUGAACAAGACCAGCCGCCCUUGGUGGCUGCGGUCGCGGACAAUGAUGGCAACACCCCAUUCUCGGUGGCCUUCCUCCGAGGCCACCAUGAUGUUGCCCGGGCUCUGCUUGAGAUUGUCAAGGUGCAAUGGUCUCCGCCAGAGAAGGAAAAGGUUCGCUUCAAGAUGGAAGCUCGCGAGGAAGACGAGUACUCAGAUGAGUGCUCGGAUGAAGAAUCCAACGAUUCCGGCGACGAGCCCCGUAUUGUGUCGGAGAAGGUGCAGCAAAAGUUCACCAUUGACGACAUUGGCCAUGUCUCCAUGCAAGUCAAAUCCCACACCAAGCCGGUCGACUACAUCUGCUGGAAUGUUCCUAGCUGGUACAUGGAGAACGGUAAUGCUACCAGUCCCCGUCACACCAACCGCUAUCGUCCCCAAGAAGGUCUUUUUACGCAGGUCUUGGAGAGAGAUGAUGUCGCAGGACUCAAGGCUCUCCUGGACAUGGCACAACACUAUGCUGGAGAGAAGUUUGAAGGAGGUGAGGGAGAUGAGGACGACCAUGUUGGCAGCUUCACCUUCCCCCAGUUUGACUUCAACUAUGCAGUGGAGCAUGGAAAGACUCAGAUGCUUGCAUUGAUCAUCAAGCGAACGGGCGCAGGCAUUCCCCUUGAUCAUCUGGUCAAGAAGAGCGGCGUUGAGCUGAAGCAAAAGCCGCGAUACUACCAGGGACUUACAGUCUAUGGCAAGAAGAGGAAGGACUGGGCGACAGCUGGUCGAAACAUGGUGGUUAGGACAUCAGGUCAGAAGACGCCACCGCUUCUGCAUGCUGCUUUGGCUGGAAAUCUGGAGGGUGUCGAGUUCUUCCUUGGAGACGCCCCUCACAGAUUAUACAGCGAAUUUGGCAAGUCAAAGGCUGCUCGGGAAGACUCUCGACUGAGACACCUCAAGGAGAGCCCAGGUGGCUUUGACCGUGCCAUCUCAAAGUGGCUUGGAGCCGACAACGAUUUCGUGAUUCACUGCGCAGUCGUGGGUGAGCCUUCAUCCAACGCAAUCGAACUUCUUGAGUAUCUUGUCGAGGCUUGCCCAGGAUGUCUUGAGAAGAAGAACGCUGAUGGCGAGACACCGCUUCUGGUUGCCUGCCGCCUUGGACGCACCGAAUUUGUCAAGAUCCUGUUGGGGGCCAAUGCCGACCAGUCUUCUCGCAAUUCAAAGGGCCAAAACAUCCUUCACGCAGCGUUGGAGAAUACCCCCGAGUCUGACCAGCUCCGCGAGCUGUUGGACCUCUUUGACCCAACCCUUCGCAGUCACCUGUUCUUGCAGCGAAACAACUUCAACGAGAACGGCAACACACCUCUGCACGCCUGGGUUUCGCAAGCCUGUGGAGUUCAGUUCGACGAUGAUGCUGGUUAUAAUCGGCGCAGGCACAGGUACUAUUACAGAAACACCACCAAGCCCUACGAAGGUCAAGAGAAGGACGCGGUUGAGAUGCUCAAGCUUUUGCUCGAGUACUCCAAGGGCGAAGAGCUAGAGAUGCUCAACGCUGCGGGCGAGACGUGCCUUCACACUACCAUCAUGCAUGACAUGAUAUCUUUGGCUCGUGUCAUUGUGGAGUUCAAGCCUCGAUUGCUGUACCGGGAGAAUGCUGUCGGCCGAACACCUGCUGAACUCGCCCAUGACCGACUCACUGAGCAGAAGUUCAAGAAGCCUGAUAACAUCAAGCAGGAUAAGCACGACUGUGCUACCUAUCUCAUCAACAAGAAGAAGGAGGACUUUGCUGCCCACGCCAACCCUGAAGCUCAUACGUCCGAGCAAAGAAAGCAGCUGCUCGCGGAUCUGGGGCUCAGCAACACUUACAGCGCGGCCGAGUUCUCCCAAAUCAUGCGCGCCAUGGGCGAGAGCAACACGAAGCGCAAGAGAGACGAAAAGGAUCUCAGUGGCAGUGUUGCCAAGGUUGUUGCAUGGGAUCUCUGCCUCACCGCGAUGGAGAAGCACCCCGAGCGUCGCCGCCUUGUGAGUCUGAAUGAAGCCAAUGACGUGGCCAAGAGAUUGGGUGAGAAGUACUCGGCAUCGAGGUACUUUAGCAUCCAAGCCAAGGCUGAGUCUGAAGAUGGCGAGGAACAAGAGGAUCAGGCAGUUGACUUUGCUACAUCUCGAGGUCGUGGGGCCUCAUCCUGGAUCACGGAGAAGGACAUGAGGGGUUAUGAGAUUAAUGAGGGCGAAGAGGACAAGAAGGAGGAGGAGGAGGAUGAUGACAGUGAUCUCGAGAGUGUCGUAUCGCGCGGCAGCUACUGCGUGAAUUGCCGCGAGUAUCAUCAACAGAUUUAA